CAAGCUUUCUUGACUUGUCUGCCAGCAGCAGAAAGCAAACGCGAGACGGCGUUUAUAGUCCGUUUCGUUGUGGUCGCAAAUCUGUUUGGUCGCUAUUCCGUACGGAUUUCUGUCAAUGUCACCAACUACUUUUGGACCCUAAUCAACUCAUUUAGGUGCAUUUUUAAAAAUGUUUCCCUAGCUAGCUAAGGUUAGCUUAGCUCGCAAGCUGCUACAAAAGCGACGCGUUUGUUAUCACCACAUCACUCGCGUGUGAAAAUGUGUAAAGUAGAAAUGCUGAGAGCGUUGCUGAACGCGCGACUAAGUGCGGCCAUCGAAGAAGUAUUUGGAGUUUUUGCAAGAACGAUAGCAGAGUACGAGGAGGAACUUUGUCGGACAAAAAAGGAGAACGAGCGACAACGUCAACUACUGGACACCGUUUUCAGGCCUCAAGAUGAAGCACACAGAGCAGACGUCAGUGACGAUGAUCUUCCUCUUGAGCAGCAGGAGUGUAACUCCAGGGUGGAGCAGCAGGAGCCAGAGCCCCCCCGAUAUGAAGGGGAAGAGGAGGAGGCAGAUCCCUUCUGCAUUAAAGAGGAAGAGGAGAGAGGAGAGCAUCUUCAACUGCUGGACUUGCCAUUUGCUCGUGUCAUUGUGAAGAGUGAAUAUGAUGAAGACAAAAGUCAGAGUGAGGAGUACAGAGGGGCGGAGCCUCCGAGCAGCAGCUCAAGUCAACAGGUGACAACAGAAGGUGAUGGAGUCCACUGUGAAGGAUCACGAGCGGACAGCCGCUUUGCUCCACUAUCACACUCUCACUCACCAGACACUGAUGAUGAACACUCUAAAGGUGAUACGACAUGUCACACUGGCAACACACACUGGAAAUGUUCUCAAUGUGACAAAAUGUUUGGUACGAAGUAUACUUUGAGAGUGCACAUGAUGAUUCACACUGGAGAUAAACCAUUCAUGUGUUCAGUUUGUGGUAAAAGGUUCUCUCAGAAGGCACACUUAACGACACACACCAGAAUACACACUGGAGACAAACCCUAUUCUUGCUCAGUCUGCAACAAAAGUUUCAUUGAUUAUUCAGCAAUGGUUAAACACACUCGGAUACACACUGGAGAGAAACCGUUUGCAUGUUCAGUCUGCAACUUAAGUUUCAGUGAUCGCUCCAAUUUGGGUAAACACAUGAGAAGACACACUGGAGAGAAACCUUUUGCGUGCUCACUUUGUGGUAAAAGAUUCUCUAUAAAGGGACAUUUAAUAACACACACAAGAACACACACUGGAGAGAAACCUUUUACCUGUGCCAUCUGCAAUUUAAAUUUCAGCGAUCGCUCGGGAUUGGUUCAACACAUGAGAACACACACUGGGGAGAAACGCUUCUCUUGCUCCAUUUGUGGUAAGCAAUUCUCUCAAAGGGCGCCUUUUACAAAACACAUACAAUUACAUUCUGCUGACAAACCCUUCAGUUGCAAUGUGUGAUCAAAGGUUCUGUGAUAAGUGCCAACUUAAGUGUGCUGGUGAGAAGAACAACGACGCUUUAAGAAGAACUUUUGACUUUGUGUGGUAAGCUGUAAAAGUAUAUACUCUAAAUGUGUCCCACACAGUGAUGGUGCCCAGUAUCUUUGUCACGCUGUUGUUUUGGUUAGCAACAGUUCAAAUGUUCAAACAGUUCAAAUGUUCUUUAACAUCUGCACGUGAGGGUUAGGGAAAUAGGAACCGAGCCUGCCGCGAAGAGCAAAAACUGAGCUGUUGACGAGCCCCUAAAAGUGUUUACAAUUGCCUAUACUAAUUGUCUAAAGUAUCAUAAAUAUACCACACACUGAUCCCAGAACACUUGAAUAUAAGUACAGUAUAAAUUCCUGUGUGUCAUCCUGGAAUACUUGAGUGAUAAGAGGGAGAUACUUUAUAUAUAUAUAUAUAUAUAUGUAGAAAUCUGAACAAACACAAAACAAACACAAUUUAAAUUUGUGCCCUGAGGUCAGGUACAAUUUUGAAAGCGAAUACUGUAGUUCAAACGCUAGCAUGCUAGUUUGAACGUGCACAAUUUAAGACUUGCCAUCGGCUUGCGGCCGAAAUCUAAAAUGGUUCGAAAAGGCAAGCCUAACUCGCAAAUAAACCAGUCACAAAGCCUUUGAAAACUAGCAAAUAAAACUCUCUGGGGGAUGACUAAAUUACUUUAAUUGGAAUAUUAUUCAUAGAUAAACAAAAACAAUCCCCUCUUGGUCGAAUUUCCUCACUCUAUAUCCCUCGCCUCACUUGUGUGGUGAAUUGUGUGCGUUAUCCAAGUCCCCUAUCCUUACAUGGUCCUCACGUGUAAUGUCAUCCUGCAACUUCGCUCUGAAGUUGUAAAUAUCUCUCUGAAGGGAAGACGGGCCUCACCCAAUCCGAACUGCUACAACAUUUUUUCACACAAAUGUUAUGCAUACAUAGAAUUGUUUAUGCAAGGUGGACCUCUAAACCGAGAAACCAGAUGCGUCCCUUCUCACAAACCUGAACCGGUUCGGCAAAACGACUGGAAAACAAUACUUUUCCCAUAUGCAACACUUGCCAAUAGAAUGAAAAUGAAUUGUACGUACAAUUUUUUAAAUUCUGUUAAUCCGAGCUCAGGUGACUCAGGGAGAUGGCAAGGAAAGAGAAAAGAGUGCAAAUGUGAAGAAGGAGGGAGCAAAUAUCAAAGCUCUAAUAACAUCAAAGUUAUUGAACUACACUGCUCAAUAUUGUAAAAGAUGACAGACAAGUGUUUAAA